AUGGGCUUGCUAUGGUGGCUUAGAGCUUUUGAUGGAUUGUUUUUGGAGGGGAGGCUCUAUGUUGAUGGUUUUCUUGAAUUUGAGUUUCGUCAGGGCCAAAACCCUAUUCCUCAACCUGCAAACCUUAGAAACCAUGUAGAGGGUGAGGGUAGGGCUCUCGAACGAUUUCAAAAGUUAUUUCCACCACAAUUUAUUGGAGGACCGGACCCAGAUGUGGCCGAAAAGUGGUUGGAGAAGAUGAUUGACAUUUUCACUGCUCUGCAUUAUACUGAAGAGAGACAUGUAACAUUUGCUAUCUUCCAGUUGGAGGGAGCAACCUGUUCUUGGUGGAAUGUGAUCAGAAUGAAAUGGGAUAGAGAGCAGACACCGAGGACUUGGGUCAAUUUCAUGAGAGAGUUCAAUGCCAAGUGUUUUCCUCCUCCAGUUCAAGAGCAAAAGGGGAAUGGGUUCAUUAGGCUUCGUCAGGGAGCUCAAACCGUGGCAGAACACGAGAGCCACUUUACCAGGUUGUCUAAAUUCGCUCCCGAACUUAUUGUGACUGAGCAGAGAAGGAUACAGCAAUUUAUUCUAAGAUUGAACGUUGAGAUUCAAAAAGAUUUAGCUGUAGCCCAGAUCAAUACAUUUAGUGAUGCUAUAGAGAAAGCUCUACGAGUUGAAAAUGCGAGAUUCCAAGUUACUUUCCAAACGAAGAAAUGGGGAUGGUCUGGAAGUAGUUUGGGAAAAGAGGAUGAAAGUAGCCCAGACUUGGAAGGGGAACUGGAGGAGUAA